AUGACCACAAACCGGAACUCGCUAUCGUCUCCGCCUUUGCGCGAUGCGAGCUCGGUCGCGGAUGAUGGGGCCGUAGCGCUCCCGCCACGGCCCCACUUCCAAGAUGAGACGCAGCGUCUCUUCUCAGCUUGCAAGCAGCUGAGGCUCGGCCAGAUGGUCGCCGUGCCCCACUUCACCCUCCUCGAUUCAAUGGCCGCCGUCAAAAUCCUCGACGCACGCAUGGACUCGGGCAUGCAACUUCCGCAGUCGCAGCUUCCAGAGUCGGAUCGUCUCGACGCUUCCAUCCUCUCCCAACCCCAGCUCGACUUUGAUCCCUUUCGACCGCUCACACCCGCCGACGUGCUCUGGAUCAUGGAUCGUCUCCUCGCAUGCGAAGCGGCCUGGCAUCAAGGCUCCGCGCUCUCCCAGACCUUGUAUACCUGCCUCUACUUUCACGAUCUCAAACUUCUAUCGCCCAAACAUCCUCGCCUGCAGCGGCCGCACCCUGACCUCGCCGCACACCAGCCGCAAGAACCCUUGGAAUUGAUCUACAAGGUGCUGCGCGCAUUCAUCCUCGCCACCGUCAAGACGAUCGACAUUGCUUGGUCCGAGCUCACGUCCAGACAGCACCUUCAAGACGGCGAAGACUACUCCUCGGACAAGAACGGUCUGAGCUUGCUCGAAACCACAGACACCGGCUACAUCAUCGCCGAGCUUCAAGACGCCAUCGACUGGCUCCAGUCCCAAUCCCAAUCCCACGUCUUGCAAAAGCACCUUGCAGACUCGCUCACCGCCAGGCUCAACUUUCGCAAGCAGAUGCUGUAUGCUGUGCGUCUGCUGCAGGCUCCAGCUGAAGCGGCCCCCUUGGACGUGGUCAUGCAUGCCAAGUUUGCACGGCGCAAUUUGGCUCUCUUGCAGCCCUCCUCCUCGUCCCACGCCCCAAACCCUCCUCACCUCGAUGAACAACCAAACUCGAUCCAGCCCCUCGGUCUCCCCGAUCGGUCUUGCGCCCCUUCCUCGGCCGCAAUCGCUGCUUUCGAUCCCGCCUACAACCGUCGUCUCGCCUGGUGCCAGCCGCUGCGUCCAAUCUCGCUCUCCCGUCCAAGCGACACAUGUCGCAUCCUGGACAACAUCCUUCAAGAGCUUCAGCAAGUCGUCCAGGUGCUCCAGCAGCCCGGAUUCGCUUCAUGGAAGACCUUCUUCACACAUCGCGCAAUCAGCUAUCAGGCAGAUCAGCCAAUGUCCGCCACGCCAUACGUGCGAUCGCUCUUUCAAACGGCCGUAUGCGAUCGAAGCAUGAUCGCUUGCCGAUUGCCUCUCGACUGGAUCACCGAGGCCUUCUUCCACGAAGUGGCGCUCGUAGACCCGCUCUUGCUCCGACGUGCAUCCCGCAUCGGCCGCACCAACGUCGAAGGCGGCUCUCACGCCCUCUGGAAUGCGCCGCCGCCCAUCGGACAGCGCAUCCACUACUUCAUCCAGCGCGUCUCUGGCCAACUGGUCCAGUAUCUCUCGACUCUCUCGCAGAAUCGCGCGCGGUGCAAACGCACAAUGGCUUCAAGACUCUACCGAGAGUGGGUCAACAUCUCGAGCGAAGCCAGCGACAUCGGCCGACAGCUCGAGGCUUGCCUUGCCCCGGGCGAGCGCUACAUCCCCGACUCCCUCUUCGCAGCCACGCAACACCUGGCGCUCGAGAUCAUGUCGCAAAUCACCUUUGCAGGCUUCGAACUCGAGCUCUACGGACGUGGCGUGGACCGUCAAAGCAUGUGGUGGCUUGCCAGCCGCAUACAGAUGGAGCAGGGCAUCGUCUGCACAGAUCUUCGUGACGAGCUGUCAAGGUGCUUUGCCUCGGACUCACUCGACCGUAGACCGCGUCAGUACUCGGCUACCAUAUCCUAUCUGACGCUCCAGGUGCACCUUGCCCACGCUCUCGAGCACAUGGCGGUGAGCGCGGUCCUGCUUGACCAAACCUUCCAAAGAGAUGCAAGUCGACGCGGCGACACCAAACGAACGGGCUGCUGGCCACUCAGCCCAGAGGACGAUGUCGCGCAGCUGGAACUGGCUAAAUCCGUGUUCGCGAGUCGCAUCAAGUGGAUGCGCUCCAACGGUCCCGGUCUCGGUGGACACGUCGGAGUGCAGUCCGAGUUGCAGGCCGAGGACAAGCUCUGGACCGAUUACCUUUCCUUCCGCUCGGCAUCGGCUGAAGCGGGCCUCGAAAUGCUUACAACGAGGGCACAAGAGAGCCUCGAAGCCGCCAUCACAAAUAUGCAACAAGUCAACGGCACGUUGGCUGACUCUGCGAAGCAGGAUCACGCGGCUCAAGGACAGACCCACUUCGUUUCGUCGCUCUUGGCCACGGCGCGCCACAAUCAGGCCACUCUUCAGACCGUCUCGAAGCCUCGAGAAUCCCGAGAACCACCCGUCUCAGGCUCGAUUUCGGGAACCAAGAGCGAAUGGGUCUUCGAACAUCCAUGGUUCCCAAAAUGGGUCCUCGGCGAUUGA